AUGGGCAGCCGGGACGUUCGCCGCAUUCGUCUCGAAAUUGAUUCCAUCAAGAGCUCCAUUCAUUUGCUGACCGAAAGGGUCGCGGUGUUAGAGGCUGAGGUCGAGGAGAUCGAGAAGGGGGAGAGGUUCGAGGUGUUGGAGGAGGAGUCCCGGGUGUCUUCUUCUGUUUCGGAGGGCAGCUUCACUCGCAUCAGCGCUGCUCCAGCAUUCAGUUCGGCUACGGGGCCCGUUGAAUCCGAGGACAGGCAGGGGAGGAUUGCUCUAGCUCGCAACAUCGGGCAGUUCGUGAAGCGGGCAUUGCGAGGAGAGCGCUUGGGCACUUCCGGCAGGGACCGGUUGGCUUUGCAGAAUCGUUGCUACCUCAUUUUUGCUGAGUUUGAGGGGAACCAUUUGGAGCCUCCUAUUUUCACUCGGAGCUUCGCUGACGUGAAGCAGAGGUGCAAGCGAGGGCCAGAUUGCGGCCGUGCGAUCUUCAUCGGAUUGGCUACGGCUUGGGAGGCAGUGAUCGUUGUGGAGGAGGCCGCUCUUGUCCUGCCUGACGGGACAGCACGACAACACUACGAGCUUGUUCACCUUCGAUUUCAAUCUGGUGGAGAAGCGAGAUGCGUGAAUCUAGUUUUGAUUGCUCAAGUUGCACAAGGUGGCUGGUUGGUGGCCGCACCAGAGGCGGUAUGGUCUCGAGUGGCUGCAGAUCGAAAGAUGCCCCGAGGAGCUCUCAGUCAAGCAAUUUUGGUAGAAGUUCUGACUGCAAGUAUAGAGAAUCCAGAAGUCCCUUUGGACAGCCAACGGAUGAAUCUUUGGGUGGGCCGCCUGGAUCCUCGCCUGGUGAGCCGGCUGCAGAUAGGAGGUGGGGAGAAUCCUGCUUUCGAUGUUUGGGUUGCUGCGGAGGAGGAUGUUUUUGGCGAAGAGCGCAUGACGACCCUGAUUCCGUACGGCCCAGCAUUGGCCGAAGUGGCCGAGGAGCAUUUUGCCUUUGCAUCUGCUGCCAGCGACCUUGGGGUGGAGGCUCAACCUCUCGAGGCGUCCGAGGCAACUCAAGUGCCUUUUUCAGACAGGCUAGACAAAGUCGAGGAGGCUGUCCUUCAGAUGCGAGAGAUGCUGGAGAACAGUUUGCCUCAACGACCAACUCCUCCUGCCGAGCGAAAGUCUGCACUGAAGCGUCCUCAGACACCAAGUCAGCCAGUGGAUGUACAAGCAGCUCGGAACCCUCUACAUGUUCGAGGACUAGACCCUGCAGUCGUUGCAUCGGCCUUGGAGGCCGGAAUUCCAGAAUCCCAGUUGGUGACACUCGGGGGUCUGCUGCGCAAGACUUCAAAGAUGGACGAUGUUCCUGCGCGCAAGCCCUCGGGCAAUGUGCUGAGCGAGAGCGAGGGAGAGGACGACGAUGUGGAGCUCCUGCCGGACGCAACUCCUGGGGAGCCUGCAGCUGCAGCGGACGCCUCGGUGGCAAAAGCAGUGGUCCAGUUGACGAAGAUCGUUGGUUCUUUGGCUGCCCAGAAAUCCAAAGGCAAGGACUUGGAGUCGAUGCUGGACUGUGCAGAAGGGGGCGGAGAGUCAUCUUCCUCGAGCGGCUCAUCCCGCUCAAAAGCGGCUGCCUUCAAGAAAUUGCGAGCAGCCCUCACAGAAGCACCAGAGAAGUUGUCCAAGGUGAUCGAGGAGGCGAUCGACGAGGAUUUUCUGCAGGUGAAGAAUUCGCCUGGGGUGUCGGCCCAAGACUUCAGCACGCGAGCUUGGGUCGAGCAUCGUUCGAAGCUUCAGCAUUACCCCCAAACGAUCCGCAUGGCUUGGAUUCUCGCUGGGGCGCACGAUGCCAUGCGCCAGAAGAAGUUCGAGGAGGCCAAAGCUCGCAUUUUGUUGGGACUGGUCGCUCUGGACCAAGCUUCGCUGGAUGCAGGCAGUUGGGCCCUUGCUCAGGAAGUUCUCCUCGAACCUCCUGCACCGUUCCACAGUUUUGUGGGGCGAAAGUUGCCAGAAGCUUGGGAGCAAACGACAUCGAAGCUCCUGGACGACCGGGUUGCAGACGUUUUGAUGUGGAGGCUGAAAGACAGAGACUCCUUUGUGGAAGCCAGAAAGAGGUUGCAGACGAGUCGAGCGCCGAGAGCCGAUCUCCCAAAAGGAGAGCCCAAGGCUCCAGGCGAGGUGUGGCCAUGCCCCUUGCCUUUCCCUGAACUGCACCGCAGAAAAGCAAAUCGCCAGCAAGCAGAUGCACCGAGGAAGCUGGCUUUGAAUUUUGUUGUGCUGGUCAUGAAUUUGUUUCACAACGGGCGAUCGCAUUUUGCUCGCUCAGUGCCUGGCUUGGGGACUCCUUUGAACUUUGAGCAGUGGACUUUUGUGAAGAGGAUGACUCCACUGAUAGACCAGUGGAAUCGUGAGCCUCCCAUUACAUCCGAAGCUAUGGGACGGGCUGCUGCCAAAGUGGAAAGUGUAGAAACUUUGCUGGGUCAUCUUGAAGCCGCUUUGACGCCCAUCGCGUCGGGGCUCAAGGGCUACGUCUCCAAGGUUGGUGGCAAGCUGCCCACCUGCUGGGGCCACAGAGGUGAUCCUGGUUCAGUGGUUGGAACGCUGCACUCCAAACUGGAACACGUGGCAAAAGCAAUUCAGCCGGAGAGGCUGAAAUUCUGGAAAGUGCCGAGCUUUGAUCCUGCCCCUUUUCUGGAUGAGGAGAAUCGUUCUCGCUUUCUGGAACCUUUCGCUCACUACCUCACUUUCGAAGACGGCCCACCUGCACCUCCGCGGGUGCGAGUGAGGGUAGCCGAGCGGGACAAGGUCCGAUUUUUGAAGCUGCUGGACUCCACAAACCGUUUGAGUUUCGCUGCGCCACAUGAGGUCCGGGAGGGCUAUGAGAAUGGAGCCUUUGCAGUGCCGAAAGAUGGGUCGCGAGACCGCAUGGUGCUUGAUGCUCGGCCGCCUAAUUUGCUAGAGGCCUCGGAGAGGCGAUGGAUAAAGAGCCUUGGCAGUGAUGGGCAAUUGCUUCAUUUUUUCAUUCCGCCCGGUUCGAAGCUAGUCAUGCAUGCUGAAGACCUCCGUGAGUUUUACCAUGCUUUUGUGAUUUCACGUGAUAGGGAGCUUCGUAACUGCUUUAAACUUCGAGUAAGGCCUGAGCAAGUUCGCUCCCUGAAAGCCUUUCGUGAGCACAUGUGGAACGAGAAAGAGCUGGUGCCUUUGUUGAGUACUAUGGCUAUGGGCGACCUGAACGCCGUAGCUAUGGCCCAGACUGCGCACAUGGGGGUUCUUUUGCAAAAGACUGAUUUGGAGCUGGAAAAUUUUCUGACUUUGAAGCAACGGCCUCAGAGAGAGCCUUGGUUUGCCGGCCUGAUGAUUGAUGAUUUGAUUUUGGCUGAAGUGAUGAAGGUUGAGGACGACAAUGCGAGCGGACACUGCGCUCGACUCAUGCAAGGCAUACACGCUGCGUAUGAAGCAGUGGGCCUUCCCCGGCUGGGCUCGACCCAACCUCACCCGAGCCGUGCCGUUGGCCUUUUUGCUUCUGGAAAUCUGGCCGGCAGUUUGGUUUCCAUCUUUUCUUUGAAGCGACGCUUCAUGUCAGUGCUGGAAGAAAUCUACGCCGCUCAACGCGGGCGGAGCCGAGACUGCAUUGUGCGUUUGUCCUCUUCUUUGGUCGAUGAGCUACUCAGCAGCAUCGCCCUGAUAGCCCUCAGCCACAUCGACUUCCGGUUGGAGCCUUGCGACAUGUUGGUGGCAUCUGACGCCUCCAGCUCUGCUGAAGCUGCAGUCUUUGCGAGAGUUCCUCCUGAAGUCACGGCCGAGAUGCAUAGACACUCCUUGGCAAAAGGGUUGUGGAGCCGACUGCUCCGUCCCGUUCAAGCCUAUCUUCGAGAGAAAGGAAGCUUGGCUGAUGACGAACAGCUGCCGGAGGAGCACUAUACGAUCCACCCGUUGUGGGAGGAAGCCUGCCGCUCUCUGCCGUUUCGUCAGCUGGGGAAAACUAAGAAGAUCAGUAGCAGAAGGCACAUAAACCUCGGUGAAAUAGAUGCAGCCCUCGCAGCCGAGAGGGAGGUUGGAAAGCGCAGACCGAGAGGCUACUACGUGCAUCUGCAGGACAGCCAGGUCUCACUUGCUGCUCUCCAGAAAGGCCGCUCGGCUUCGAGAGAAGUAAAUUGUAGGCUGAAGAAGUCCAUCCCAGAUCAUCUGCACUACCAGACCCGGAGUUUCUACGGCUUCGUUGCAAGUGCCCUCAACCCUGCCGACGAUCCUACCAGGUCUAAAGCUGUUCGAGCUCCGGAGAGAGCACCUGCUGCCUGGUUCAGAGACUUGCUGGACGGUGACUGCGAAGCUUUUGAUGAGAUGCUGAGAGAGCAAGGGGUGCACCCCUCGCAAGUUUCAGAGUUGCCUGAGCCUGAUGAGCUCGCUCCCAGAGCUCCUCUAGAUCUUCGCUCCUGCAAGCUGGCGAAGGCUCAAAAGCGGAAGCAGAAGCGAAAAGAGAAGAAGACCAGUUUUAGCAUCCCUGGUCAGCAUCGUGGACCUCAUGAUGCGGAGGCCUUCGUCGUUCAGGUUCAGCCGCAGAGUUGUUUGACCUCCAAGUCUGUCUCGGAGGGCCUUUCUUUCGAGGAGACUUCAGAAAUUCUGGCAUAUUGCAGCCGAGAUCAGUUUCAAUUCAGCAGCCGGUUCCAUUCCCUCGAAGAGGCCAUGAGGUCUGGAAGAGGCAUUUUGGAGCUCUACGCUGGAGUGAGGGGCUUUUCAAAAGCUGCAUUAAAGCAUGGAGUUCCUUGGAGCUUGUCCUAUGACAUCAAGCACUCUGCCAGCGAGGACCUUAGUCUAGUUCCCUUACAGCAGCAUGUUUUAGAUUGGAUAGGUGUGCCUUGGUGUUCAGCAAAACAAAAGCUGAAAAACGAAGAGGGCAAUGCUCAACUGGCCUUUGUGCUGUCAGUGGUUUCGCUGGCAGAUGUGAACUUGCUAGAGCCGGGAACCAUUGCCAUCCGAGCGAGGAUUUGGAGCCCGCAGCGCACAACCGUGCAUAGCUUUGCAGCUUCAGUCAGUUGUAGGCCUCGGGAGCUUUGCGGAUGUG